ACCAUCGUCUGUGUCCGUCCACCGUCGUUCCCGUCGGCCGCCCACGGGUAAAGGCAAACGAAGCAGCCAGGCGGCUAGGCGCUAUACAAAAUCCGGAGGAACUCGCAGGAGGCCAAGAGCAGAUCCGCUUCCUCGAUCAGCGAUCGCCCCUUCCUUUCCCGGUAGGUGUCAAUCCGCCCCCAAAUCCCCACCUCGACCCCCUCGGUUUUCUUCUCGUUUUGGUAUCCGCCGGGUCGCCUCGAUCCGCAGCCCGUCGGGAGCAAAGCUCGAUCCGCUGGUUCGAUAGACUUGGAGCGGAAGCCAUGGCGUCGCCGGCGCUAAUCUGCGACACGGAGCAGUGGAAGGCCCUUCAGGCGCACGUCGGCGCGAUCCAGAAGACGCACCUGCGGGACCUGAUGGCCGACGCCGACCGCUGCAAGGCAAUGACGGCUGAGUACGAAGGGAUUUUUCUGGAUUACUCGAGGCAGCAGGCGACCAGCGAAACCAUUGAGAAGCUGCUUAAAUUAGCAGAGGCUGCGAAGCUCAAGGAGAAGAUUGAGAAGAUGUUUAAAGGCGAAAAGAUAAAUAGCACAGAGAACAGGUCCGUGCUUCAUGUAGCUCUUAGGGCUCCUAGAGAUGCAGUCAUAAACAGCGAUGGGGUGAAUGUGGUCCCUGAGGUUUGGAGCGUUAAAGAUAAAAUCAAGCAGUUUUCAGAGACUUUCAGAAGUGGAUCGUGGGUUGGAGCAACUGGAAAAGCAUUGACAAAUGUUGUGUCGGUUGGAAUAGGUGGUAGCUUUCUCGGGCCUCUAUUUGUGCAUACUGCACUCCAGACUGAUCCAGAAGCAGCAGAAUGUGCGAAAGGCCGGCAGCUGAGAUUCCUAGCAAAUGUUGAUCCAGUUGACGUUGCACGAAGCAUUAAAGAUUUAGAUCCUGAAACUACUCUUGUUGUGGUUGUAUCGAAGACCUUCACAACAGCUGAAACAAUGUUAAAUGCUCGAACCCUUAAGGAGUGGAUCAUCUCUUCCCUUGGGCCACAGGCUGUUUCAAAACAUAUGAUUGCUGUCAGUACUAAUCUUAAGCUUGUGAAGGAGUUCGGAAUUGACCCAAACAAUGCUUUUGCCUUCUGGGACUGGGUUGGUGGACGCUAUAGUGUUUGCAGUGCUGUUGGUGUUCUUCCGUUAUCUCUUCAGUAUGGCUUUCCAAUUGUCCAGAGAUUUUUGGAGGGUGCUUCCAGCAUUGACAACCACUUCUACACAUCUUCAUUUGAGAAAAAUAUACCUGUACUCCUUGGUUUGCUGAGUGUGUGGAAUGUUUCAUUUCUUGGUUACCCAGCUAGAGCAAUAUUACCAUAUUCCCAGGCACUUGAGAAAUUGGCACCACAUAUUCAACAGCUUAGUAUGGAGAGUAACGGAAAAGGUGUCUCCAUUGAUGGUGUUCAACUUCCCUUAGAGACUGGUGAAAUCGAUUUUGGUGAACCUGGAACUAAUGGCCAACACAGCUUCUAUCAAUUAAUCCAUCAGGGAAGGGUCAUCCCUUGCGAUUUUAUUGGUGUUGUAAAAAGUCAGCAGCCUGUUUACUUGAAAGGGGAAACUGUGAGUAAUCAUGAUGAAUUGAUGUCCAAUUUCUUUGCCCAGCCUGAUGCACUUGCUUAUGGAAAGACUCCUGAACAAUUGCAAAGUGAAAAAGUUCCGGAACAUCUUAUCCCUCAUAAGACUUUUAAGGGCAAUCGGCCAUCGCUAAGUUUGCUGCUGCCUACACUAUCCGCAUAUGAGAUUGGACAGCUUUUAUCCAUCUACGAGCACCGGAUUGCAGUUCAGGGUUUCAUAUGGGGAAUUAACUCGUUUGAUCAGUGGGGAGUGGAGCUAGGGAAGUCACUAGCUUCUCAAGUGAGGAAACAGUUGCAUGGAUCCCGGAUGGAAGGGAAGCCUGUCGAGGGCUUUAACCACAGUACCUCAAGUUUGCUAGCACGAUAUCUGGCUGUCAAGCCAUCCACCCCAUACGACACUACCGUGCUGCCGAAGGUGUAAAUUAUAUGCUUCUGAUGCUACUUGCUAAGUUCUUACUUGGCAAGGUUCAGCACAAGUCUUUGUUCCUUUCGGGAGUUGUCACAGGCUCACAGCCAGUUUGGCAGUGCUGUAGUUUUACAGUUUUUGUGUACACCUACUCCUUGGAGAAGAAAACACAACGGCUGAUGUUAUGGAAUAAAUAAAUUUACCUGGGGCAGCAUGAGGAAACCGAAGAAUGCCUUUUUCGAUUUUUUGGGCGCUGUACCAUAUACCCGUGGAAUUAACGUGUGUAAACUCAGUUGCAGUUAUAAUACCAUACCUGUGUCUUUUGCUUGCA